UCGCCGCCGCACCGCGCCGGAUUUCAGUAAACCAGCCGCCAUGCUCCUGUGUCUCGCAAUACUCCUCACCAGGCUAUGCUUCAGCGAGGGCGUGACUUCAGCAGAAAUAUUCGAUCUAUUUGACGAAAACGUCGAACUGGAGAGGCCGGCCGUUGAAGACUACAUGUUUCGCAGAGAGAUUGCAAGAAUCAAAAAUGCUACGGCAUGCUUGGGAAACACGUGUAUCAAAAACUUUAUCCAAAAUGGCAAUAACCCUCCGAGCAAUAUGACGAAAAAAUCCCUUGUAUCUACAAAUAACACAUAUAUGAUGCCUACUGAAACUGAAGGCAACGAGUCCCCGCAGAAGUUGAACGAUAGAGAAAUUACAAACGGAACUGAGUUUCCUAAGGCAUGCUUGGAACCCACGUGUAUUAAAAACUCUAUCCAAAAUGACAAAAACCCUCCAAGUAAUAUAACGAAACAAGAACAACCCUUUGGAUCCACAAAUGAGUCAAAUGACACAUAUAUUAAUAUGAUGCCUAAUGAAACUGAAGGCAACAAGCCCCUCCAGUCGGGUGGUAGAGAAGAGAUUUCAAACGGAACUCAAUUUCCUAAGGCAUGCUUGGGAAACACCGAAUGUAUCAAAAGAUCUGUCCAAAAUGACCAAAAACCUCAAGAUGACAUAACGGUACGAUCCUUUGGUACAACAGAUACCACAUUUAUAAUGCCUAAUGAAACUGAAGGCAGCAGGCAGUCGGGUGGUAUUGAAGAGAUUUUAAACGGAACUACGUUUCCACAGGCAUGCUUGGGAAACACCGAAUGUGUCAAAAGAUCUGUCCAUAAUGACCAAAUCCCUCCAAGCAAUAUAAGAGAUAUAAUAAAUAACCCAUUUGUAGUGCCUAAGGAAGGCAACAAUAUCCUCCAAAAGUCUGGUGGUAGAGGAGAGCUUUCAAGCGAAACCGAUUUUUUUGAGGACAUCUCACUGCCGGCACUACCAAAACUGCCAUCCUUCACCAUCAAGCCCGUUCCGUUGUCAUGCCCCGAAGAUGAGAUCCCGGCUAAUAUUGGGCCCUACGAGGUGCCGACACAAAGAGACAUGGUACUGCAUGUACGGAACCAUCUCUUGGCUAUGUACCGUGGCUUCCAUGCUAAGGCUAUGUUCUUCCUGAAAGAUGUGAAAGAGGCAACACAUGCAGCCUGGUCUCGUAAAAUGCUAUGCAGCAAUCCCACGGAUCUGAUGCACUACAGACGCUGUGUUCGUUGGGUUGGAGGCCUGAGCGUGCUUACCACCAAGAGCCUGGUCACCGCCUUGGAGACAGCUCGCCAUUACAUUAGUACCCUCAUGCAGGGAAAAAUAUGCAAUAUUUCGGCCAUAGGCGUCGACCCGAUCCACCUGAUUAGGAUUCUAGCCGCGGAAAAGGUGUCCCUGGAAUUCGCGCUGCCCGACUUUCUCAGGCAGCUCGACGCGUGCUCCAGGCAUUGUCCGGGAAUCCGAUUGAAGCUUCCGCAUGAGUAUUCAAACAAUGCGCAUUUAACGGAUAAAGACUUCGUUAUAAGACAUUAUUUGACACAACAAAAUUUUAAUCAGCAACUGAAACAAAAAUAUAAAAUUUAAAUUUAUUUAAAAUGAACACGUCCUUUUUGAACGCACCUACAACUAUGAAUCGAGCUUUCACAGCUAGAACGCAUACCGCAUACUAGAUGGCGCCACUAUAUAUGAACUUUUGACGUGAACUUGACUGAAAGUUUUUAGAAUAACUUAACCAAAAUACUUAGCUAAGCUUUUAGCGGAAUGUGCAUAGUGAUAUCGUGGGAGUGAACAAAAACUAUAAUUAAAUUAUAAUACAAUGCA